CGUGUUCUCUUGGUAGGGUUUGUGGUCUACUGAACAGGACUGAAAUACAGUUACAAAGUUUGCGCAUUAUCGUUUGCUGACGUGGUUUUCAUCUCGCGACCCGCGGUGAUAUAUUGAUAUUGAAUAGUUCAUCCGUUUUUCCUCACGGAGCGCCCUUGACGUGCGCAUAUCUUGCGCAGCGCUCGCUGAUCUGCUGAAAACGAAAUACUUUUGCUGCUGUGGGAUGUGGUCAGAUUUUUUUUCGUCAAAUACAACGUGCAUAUUUCUGACCUUGCAGUGGGUGUGUGAAAAAUAUGGCUUCAUGUGACUGCGUUUCCGUUGCAUGCUUGCUUCCGCAAUUACUAAAGACAAGCGCAGAGAUGCAGAUGUGAGGCACUUUGCUUCUCCGAAGAGACCAAGCCAGAAGAACCUUCCCACAAACCGAUGUAAUGAACUAAUGUGAACUUCACAGAGGAGCGGAGGGCGCGAUCCUGGCUGCUGGGCGAUCAUGUUAAGAUGCUGGUCUUUGGUCGUCCGUCCGUUCUGCUCUGUCACGCUGUGGUAUCGAUACUGGUGGUCCUGCUUUUAGCUUCUGGACAUCCACAGGCCUUUUCCUGCAGACUCAUUCAAAGCACAGCUUUGUGCAACAACUGUCAGCUCUCCACAGUACCAACCCAUUUACCACAGCAAACCGAGGAGAUCUUUUUAGACAGGAACCUUCUAAAAAUUUUACAGGAUGGUUGCCUCUCGAGAUAUCCUACUCUUCGAACCUUCAGCUGCGCAAACAAUCAUCUCAGAACAGUUGAGGAGAACGUAUUCUCAGAAUCACCUCUUAUGGAAAACCUCAACUUUGCAGACAAUGAGCUUCAAUAUGAACACAAGCAGGUGGCCCAGUCUUUAAGCUCUCUGACCCAACUAAAGACUCUUGAUCUUUCCGGUAAUGGCCUCACGGAGGACAUGGUGUCCUUGCUCGUACAGAAUCUGUCCUCUCUUGAGACACUUUACUUGUCGAGGAACGCCAUGUUGAGAUUAGACGAGUCAACGUUUAAAGGCCUUCAUCAGCUUAAAGAGCUGAAUGCAGAGAGAAACUUGUUGUUUGAGAUUGACGGUGCUUUUGAUCACAUGAGAAAACUCGAGAGGUUGAAUUUGGCGUUCAACUGCUUGCCAUGUUUGGUCAAUUUUGAGAUGACUCAGUUGCGGGUCUUAAACGCAAGCCACAAUUCCAUUGAAUGGUUCAUAACCAAUCAGAAUAUAAAUGAGACAUUUCAACUGGAGACGCUGGAUUUGUCCGAUAACCAUUUGCUCUUCUUUCCGUUCCUCCCGACACGAAACCACAUCCAGACUUUGAUUUUGUCCAGUAAUUUAAUAGACUUUUACCAAGGCUUUUCAAAUGACUCGUCUUUAAACUGGACCACCAGUGUUGAAUACUACAAUCUUGGACAGAAUGUGGGGAACAUAACGGCGGAUCUCUGGAGCGAAAGCCUCCACGGAGAUCUCUCCCAUGUGAAGCUCCUGGACUUGAGCGAGAACAAGGUGAACUACUUUCCUGAGGGAUUUAUUCAACGGAUGCCACGUUUGUACUGGCUGAAGCUGAGAAGCAACUGCUUGCAGUCAUUCAGUCUGACACCUGAAGAUCUACCGGUCACCGUAUAUGAACUGGACGUUAGCAAAAACAGGCUAACCGAGCUCAGAACAAGCCAACACUCCAUCAGCGAGUUAAACAACCUCACACAUCUGAAUCUGAGUGCCAAUGACCUACAAAACCUUCCACCCAGGAUAUUUUCCAGUCUACCAAGUCUGACGACAGUUGACCUCAGUCAUAACCAGGUAGGCGUAUGUAAUUCUGAAGAAUCAGAAUACACAAGCUCUUCAGAAUGUGUUGCGUGGUCCAACGUGGUUUCAUUGAAACACCUCUACCUUUCAGACUGUAGCAUUGAAAAUAUCCCAUCUUCAGCAUUUAAGGGUUUGGCCCUCACACACCUUGAACUCUCCAAUAAUCCUUAUCUGCAGAUAAAACAGGAAUCUUUGGCAAGUCUCAGUAGCACUUUGAAGCAUUUGGGACUUGGCAACACAGGUCUCCGAGACUUUGACUUCUCUCCGUACAGCCGUUUGAAGUCUUUAAACAUCUCGAAAAACUCAAUAUCAGAGCUUCCUGCAUCACUGAUGUCAUUAAACCUAAAUCUUCUGGACCUGAGGGAUAAUAUGUUGACUACUAUUCCAGCAGAACACGCUGCCAUGUUGGCUCAGAGACUGCAAGCCGUUUAUAUGAAUGGAAAUGCCUUUAAUUGCUGCCAUUUGGACUGGUAUAAGACGUUCGGGGAGUAUAAAGACAUCAAUGUUGUUGAUCUCUCCGAAAUUAUAUGUUUGGAUUUAAACCACAGGUGGCAUAAAGUUGUGCUCUUUGACGCAGUCCAGUGUGGUAACUUAAACUAUGAGGAAUCAAUCGUGUGGUACAUUCUCCUCUGCGCAUCAGUCAGCCUUUCCAUUGUGGGCAUCUCUGUUAUUUACCUGCUUACUUUCAAGCCUAAAAUGUUGCCUCGUGUUAUUAAGAAGAGGUGCUGGAGGCCCACUUCCUAUUGAGAAACAUGCAGUUGUAAAGCUAAUGUAAUGUGACUGUUAAAAUGCGCUACUUACAAACUACUGGAACAGGAAUAGGACACUGUAUUGACCUCAGAGUUAGGCCACAUUGGUCUGUGAAUGUGUAUAUAAUAUGAAUGUAUAUAAUUUCAUGCUCAUUAAAGUUUGUGUUUAUUAGACAUUACAUUUUUUUCCAAAUGU